GUUUUUAAGAGAAGUGAAUAGUAAUAAGCCAUUUUGAGGAAGCCAUGGCAAAAUCAAUUACAAAACACAGAGUUUGUUCUCGGCAAUCUUCAGUAUCUUCUCUGUUAGCAAGCUACAGCCUGAGUGGUAGUAAUUCCUCUAACUCUGAUGGCUCGUUUCAGUAUAAGGAUAAACUGUAUAGUUCUGCAUCUCAGGCUCUACAGGCCUAUAUUGAUGAUUUUGAUUUAAGCCAAAUGUAUCCUUGUGCAAGCACUGGAAAGAUUAACAUUGAAAGAUGUUCUGCUAAUAUGCCAGAAUUCUCCAACUAUAUUUAUAAACCAAAGAAUGCUUUUGAAAAUCUUGAUUCCAAAAAAUGCUCCUCUUCAUCCUGUAGAAGAAAGACCGUUAAUGACAUAGACUCCAUUAGCCUAACAACUGAUGAUCUAUUAAAACUUCCAGCAGAUGGAUCAUUUUCUUUAACUUGCAUUGGAUCAAGUCACCGAAUUAGCAAGAAAAACAAGAAAUGCAUUCGAAGACUGAGUUCAUUGGAUACUGAAAAGAAUCAAAAUUUUCAAGAACCUUCUACUCCCAUGUGCAAAGAUAACUUAGUUACUCCUGUUGUAUACACAAAUAUAAAUGGAAAGCAACGUGGUGACAAAAUUGAAUUGCUUAUCCUGAAGGCCAAGAGAAAUCUAGAGCAUUGUACUAAAGAGUUACCGAAGUCUACAAAGAAGGAUGAUAGUCCUUGUUCAUUAGAUAAACUUGAAGCAGAAAGAUCAUGGGAAAAUAUUCCUGUUACUUUCAAAUCUCCUGUUCCUGUUAAUUCUGAUGAUAGUCCUCAACAAACUUCAAGGGCAAAGUGUGCUAAAGGGUUCCUUGAAGAUUUUUUAAAUAAUGAUAAUCAGAGCUGUACCCUUUCUGGAGGGAAACAUCAUGGUCCUGUUGAAGCACUGAAACAAAUGUUAUUUAAUCUUCAAGCAGUACAAGAAAGUUUUAAUCAGAAUAAAACAGCAGAACUGAAAGAAGAGAUUAAGCAAGUUUCAGAAGAUAAUUUCUCUAAAUUACAGUUGAAGGAAAGUAUGGUUCCUAUUACUAGGUCACUUCAAAAGGCUUUGCACCAUUUAUCUCGCCUGAGAGACCUGGUUGAUGAUACCAGUGGGAAACAGUCGCCGAAAAUGUGAAGAGGAAAAUAAAACGGUCCAACCAAUAAAUAGUCAUUACAGAACAAAGAUGUAUUUUUUUUCCUGUUCCUUAAACUGACAAAGAAAUUAUAAGCCAUACAUUA